CGGAGCGGGGACGCGGGGAGCCCGCGGGCCGCGGACGCCUGUUGGCGCGUCCCGCCCCGGGCAUCGGCAGGGCCCUUGCAGCAGCCCCCGGGAGGUGGCGGGAGGGAGGGUAAGCCGGGGUGCGGCGGCGAGGGCUGGGUGCGGGGUCUUCCCCAGACUCUCCGGAACCCCGCUGGGCUUCCGAGGCGCCCCGAAAGACUUUCCUCAGAGGAGGCUGCCGGCCGCUGCUUCUCCUGCCCACUUCGCUCCCGUCCCCGCGCGGGGCACCCUCGUGCCGUGCACCCUCCGUGGCGCCCCCCCGGGGACUGGGUUGCAAGUCUGGGGCGAAUCAUCUUUUCACAAAACCAGAAUUCCUUGCUGCCUUGGUUUUGUGCCUUCGAUCCCCUCUGUGCGCCCCCAGCUCGGCUGCAGCGCCGACCCUCGGAGCGGGCAGAGCCCUUCAGGGCCCCGCGGGCCGCAGCACCCCGCGCGCUGCUCCUGGCGCACGGAGUGGGUCCACCGUGCAGGGACCAUUCUGAUCCCCCACCGGCAGGCAGUUCAGACACCCGACCCCGCAGCCCAGCCCAACCGGAGCCAAAACAGGGUUUACUAGAGGAACAGAUAUAAUACAAGAUAAACAA